UCUUACACAACAGUAUUAUCUCAUCAUUAGACAAAGGUGCCAAAUAUGUCCGCUGCACGUUUCUUGACUUUACUUCUGCUUUCGACUCUGUACCUAGAAGUCUCUUGCUAAAUAAGCUCUCCAUGACACAAACCGAGUCCUGGGUCACUAACUGGUUGCAUUCCUACUUUUCAAACAGAAUGCAGUACACCGUAUACAAAGGCCAAUCCUCCUCUGCUGUGCUCACAGAAGCUGGUGUCCCCCAAGGUGCUGUACUCUCCCCACUUCUCUUUUCUUUCUUUCUACAUGACCUACCGUCUUCAAAUGACAUUAACUUUGUCAAAUAUGCUGAUGACCUAACUGUAUCUUUACCUGUCAAAUGUCAAAGUGACUGCUCUAAACUAAAUGGCUUCUUAUCGGAAAUUAGCCAAUGGUCCAAGGAAAACGGUCUAACCUUAAACCCCUCCAAAUGCCAAACAGUUAAUUUCACCCUUAGGCAUAAAUCUGACCUAAACAAACUGGUUAGCACUCACGAGGUGUGCAACAUAGAUGGCAGUGAAAUAGAAACCAAGUCGGAAAUUAAAUACCUAGGCGUCACUCUAUCUUCUGAUCUUUCCUGGUCGUCUCAUAUCUUGACGAUUUCCAAGAAAAUAUACCGUCUUACCUUCUACAUCAAGAAGUUAAGACAUUCUGGUGUAACCCAACCCUUACUCCUACAAUUUGUUAACUCCCGUAUUCUGCCUAUUAUUCUCUAUUGCUCCCCCUUAGUCUUUCCUGGGCUAUUGAAGAAAGACUAUACCUUAUUACGUAGGAUGUUAAAGGUUGUCAGCAGGGUAAGCAACGUGCCACUUAGCCAGCUAGUUAAUAUUCUGGUGGACAGGCAUAUGGACUCAUGUGAAAAAUGGGCGAAAUCCAUUUUAUCUGACUCACAACACCCUCUACAUUCACAACUCUCCCCAUGUAUCUCUUCAGGGAAAACAAGAAGCCUAUAUAGGAAACUAUAUGCCCGCACUAGUAAGUACAAAAACUCAUCCAUACCCUACCUAGCUCGAGUUCUGUGCGACAAAGAAAGCGUUAGGCGGGAAACCUUUAACUUAUUAAAUAGUCAGUAGAACAAGGGGAUCUCGUCUUUCCAACUCACAUCAUUUACAGGUACAACGUUUUCUCCCUAUUCCUUCUCUAUUUAUUUUUGUUAUGUGCUGUUUUGUUUCUCUCUUCCUUGCAAACUCUACUUAAAACAUUCUUGUUCGUUCUUUCACGCUCUGUACAUCUCGAACAUUUUGCUAUCGCUUACGCCAGUAAAUAUGCUAGUAGUAUCUACUUUUCAAACAACUUCAAACACUUUAAUUUUGGCUUUGCUACCGACAUACUAAUAUGUUGUUGAGAUAACUUUAAACUAUGUAGAACUUUGUUUAUUGUUAAUGUAAAAAACUGGAUGCAAUAUUGUAGUAAAAUGCUGAGAAUUCCAUUCUGUAUCACAAGUACUGAUUUGGAAUAAAGCUUAU